AUGGUUCUGCAGCAAUUCCUGCCGGGCCGGUCGAGACAAAACGCAAAGGAACAAGCUGUGGUUAUCAAUUUCAAUAGCAUCGCUGCCUAUAACGUCCUUCUGCCAAAUCUCGUUUCGUCACACGUUGUAAGCAAGGCAGCGAUGUGGAGAAUGAUGGAGACUAUCUCGAUGGACAUAUUGGACGAGACGGUGCUGCCUGGUGGCGCGAGACUGAUCUCCAUCCACCCGGGUAACGUCAAAACUGGCAUGUACCGGAAGGCUGGUCUCGAGGGCGUCGCGCAGGUCAAAUCCACCGGCCCUGGGCUUGCUGGUGACUUCGUCGUCUAA